AUGUCGUGUCAGUGCACAUCAAGCGGCACUCUGUCAAUGGUUCGUGGAAGAGGAGAGACGGAGGGAGAGGAAGCAGACGAGGAAGAAGAGGGGAAAGACGAGGAAGACAAGACAACGGAGGUGGAGACAGAACAAGGACAGGACAAGAUCGAGAUCGAGAUCAAGAAGCGAGGAAAUGCAGGCCAGAUGUCGGCCAGAUUUAGCCUGUGCUACUGUAUCAGUGCCGACGACAACGACGACAACGACGACGACAACAACAGCAACGCCGAUGUCUGGAGAAGAUUCUACGCGGAGCCGAGAGGUCGCACAGUUGUCCCCAGAUCGCCUGCUCCCCAAGGAACGAAACACAUGGCAACAGCUGCUGGCCAAGUACAGGUGCAGAUCCGUCGCUGA